GUUCUCACAUAGAGAAUUGGCACUCCAUUUUGAGGAACGGUUUGGUGGUUGCAUCCAACACAAGACUUCAGCUCCAUGGCGCCAUCUAUGGGAGUGGAAUCUAUCUCAGCCCAAUGUCAAGCAUAUCCUUUGGUUACUCAGGGAUGAACAAAAGGCCACAGAAGGUUGCUUCAAAGGACCAAACUGCGACAAACAAGACCAACUUACAUUUGCAGUCAACAAAGAAAGGACAGCAGCCCCAGUUUUUGCAAAGUCGGAACCUAAAGUGCAUAGCCUUAUGUGAAGUCAUCACGUCCCCUGACCUGCACAAACAUGGAGACAUCUGGGUCGUCCCAAACACCGACCACGUCUGUACACGCUUCUUCUUUGUCUAUGAAGAUGGCCAGGUGGGAGAUACGAGCAUCAACACACAAGACGCUGGCAUCCAUCGAGAGAUCCUACGAGUCAUCGGCAAUCAGACCGCCACGGGAUGAACCACACGUGAAAAUGAAAAUGUCCUUCCUGUUAUUCUGCUGCCGCCGCCUCCCGGCUCAAAGCUGCAUUAUUGAGCUGCGGAAAACCCGUCGCAACAAGUGUGUUUCCCGACCAAUGUAGAGAACACAUCAACAACUAGAGUGUUUUAAACCUUGGUGAAAUCAACAACACAUAUUUACAACUGAAACACAGCAGAACUCUUUAGGGAAGAACACAUUUUGCUAAGUUUAUAAAUACUAUGAAGAAUCCUGUUUUUCUGAAGACAUGGUACGUCUCUCAGUUUGACUGAUUGGGACGACUUCAUUUUUUUGUAGAGAACAUUUAAAACGGUAAAACUCUUUGGUGAAUAUUUUGAGACUUCUUGCUAGUAGAUGUGGGACCUUUUCAGCAAAAAUAACGAUAUGUUCCCCUUCCUGUCUAGAAAAAGGUCCCAUCUAUCUGACCUUAUUUACUAUAAAAGAGUUGUAUCUUUUUAAAAUACAAUGUACUUUAUGUAUACUGAAGGUGUUAAUAUGCACUUUAUUUUUCUUAAUGUCGUACAUUUGUUCUAACAACUGGGUCAUAAUCUGAAAAACUAAAAAGCCUUUUUUCCCCCAAUUGAUUAUUUUAAAAUUAAACAAAAAAAAUAGUUGUAUUUUCGACGGUGGUGUAAUAUGUUGGUUACCAUUCCAUGUCGACUGAGGGACACAGCAAUACAUUGAGUAGAAUAUACAUAAAGGCCAGGAUUCAAUCAGGACUGCAGGAGAUCCGCGUUGUAACUCGGUUGACUAUUAAAGCUGCACUAUGUACCUUUUUUGGGGGGCGAGCUGGGAAAUUCACAUAGAAAUGGGUGUACUAGAUCUGUCAUUCUCAUUGAAAGCCACUCUAAGAAGUGGUAGAUUGGUUCU